GUUGGCUUUUCCCCAAACAAGAAUUUAUCAUCAAACAUGUCAACAGAAGGAGAAGUUCCUGAAGUCGUCGAGCAAGUCCAGCUUGCUGCAGAUGCUCCCGCAAAGGGUCCCAUGACCGUCGAAGAAGCCUUGCAAGAGGUUCUUAAAAAGGCUCUUAUCAAUGACGGUCUCUCUCGUGGUAUUCGCGAGGCUGUCAAGGCUCUCGAUCGUCGCGAUGCUCAGCUCUGUGUAUUGGUUGAAACCUGCACUGAAGGCGAGUAUGUCAAGCUUGUCGAGGCUCUUUGCGCCGAUCACAACAUCAAUUUGAUCAAGGUUUCUGAUGCCAAGAAGCUUGGAGAAUGGGUUGGUCUUUGCAAGAUUGAUCGUGAGGGUAAUCCUCGCAAGGUUGUUGGCUGCUCCGUCGUCGUUGUCCGUGACUUUGGAGAGGACUCUGAGGCUGUCAGCGUUCUCCUUGACUACUUUAAAACCCGUUAAGAAACCUGAUUUUUCUGAUCAGUAAGCGAAUUGAAUGUUGUCACAAGGAUGUUUAUUGCGGCCCAUGUAAUAAACAUGCGACCUGCUGCACUUGUUGGCGUUGCUUUCUAU